AUGUCCAGCUAUAAAAGCAGGCCUUUACAACUUUCAGAUGUUGACGGUGAAAUAAUCAGUCAACUUUCAAACCUCAUCAAGGCUCUUCAAAAAAACAAGACAAACUAUGAGCCUCUUCACACCUUCUUAACAAGACGAUCUGAUCAAGUUCUCCAAGUUUGGAGCAAACUGAGAGAAGCAAGCGAACAUAAACUCAUUGCUGCCAUUAUUGGCGAUAUCAGUCAAACUAUUUCACUUUGCAAUGAAUUUCCAGCACUCACACAACUCGGGUCCCAUCUCAUCACACAAGUCCUUGAAGACGAAGGCCGUAUGGGUCUCAUCUACAGAUGUCUUUUCACCGGUAAAGGCACUCUAGCCAUUCCUGCUCUUUCUUUUCUUGAAGCUGUCACCAAGUUUCGCCGUGGUAUUUUGACAAAUGAUCUCUAUUCCCACUUUGAUUUGACUGCAAAGGCCAUCCCUAGAAUUCUUUCUCUUAAAGGCGAUGUUACUGCUACCGUUAUCCAACGCCGCGAGCUCCGUGAAAAAUUCAUUCGCUUUUAUCUUGAAUUCAUUUCUAACAGUUCCAUCAUUGUCCGCCGCGACCUAGUAGCCCAGAAAAACGUCAUUUCCGGCUGGUUCAAAUACAUGGAGGAAGACAGCGCAGACCUCAUUCGCGAUACCCUCGAGGUCUUUGAAAAAAAAAUCAUUCGUGAUUCUGGGUUCAACAAACCUCUCCGCAUGAACCUUUUUAACGACUGGGUAAUGGGCCACAUGGCAAACCUGUUGGGCCGCGACGACAUUCCAACUGAUGGCAAAGACAAAAUUGGCACCUUAGUUUAUGAAUUUCUUCACUUCCUUGUCACGGAUACCACUAACGGCCUUAAGCACGCAGAUAAGCAAUGGUACUUACCUGGUCCUGACGAUUCUGACAAAUCGGGCAACGACGAUAAAAUCAACAAUAAGAUUCUUUUUUCUUUCAUCAAAGUUAUCAAGCCUUGGGACAACCUGCUGCGCCAAAACUUGGCUUUAGAGAUUCUUUCUACAAGUCCUGAACUUGUUGCGCCUUACUUUUCAGAGGAUUGGACAUUUACUCUCGACCCUAAAAUCACAAUGUUUUGGAUCUCAUCCAUUCUGUUUCUUUCAAGAGCUAUUCAGCUGCCCAUUCCAGCACCAUUAGUCGGUUCAGCUUCUUCCCAACCUCCCAGCGCCAAGAUGAUUGCCGAGCACAUUUUCCCCAAGCCUUUGUCCAAGACUAUUCUUACUAAAUCGUUGCUCAGCCCUUCUCCUCUCAUUAAAUAUGACGCUCUCCAGACUAUCAUUCUGGCAUUCAACAAACUUCAGCUCUUUAUCGACCUUUAUAAAGCUAAAAACUGGAGCGACGGAUACUAUGAACUUCUUGAGGAGAUUGGCAGCAGACUCCCCGAAGUUUCUACUCUCAUCACAUCUAUCACCACAAUUGAAGACGACAAGAUUGACAAUUAUGCGCUUUUAAAAUCAGCAAUUCUUCGCACUAUUGCAUACUAUGCCAAACUUCUUCCAGAGCUUUUCACCAAAAACAAGUUUGUUUUGCCUAGCAAGCUGAUGUCUACAUUAGAGAAGGAAAACCUUAGCGGCUUUGAGCUUGUUGACUUACAAAAUGUUCUUGAGAUCCAAACCCGACUUGGUGGCCUUGGAAAAUGGUGGAACAAGUCUGGCGAUCUUCAAUACUCUCUUUUUACAGUGCUUUUGAGAAUUUCUACUGUUUUACAGAGUGAUCUCUUUACUUCCCAAAUAGAGUCUCUGAUACAAUACCUUGUAAAACCAACACUUAUAUUCGACCAGGACAGCAAACUUGACGUCAGCCCCAUUAGCGUUCUCGUGAACUCGCUUAACUCAGGAAUCAUAUCAAUGUCAGAGACCGAGCGUGUUAAAGUCUGGAAGCUGCUUGACGAAUGUGUAUCGCGAUGUCAGCGCUCACCAUACAAAUACAUUGACAUGAUUGCUUUAUACCAAAAAACUGCAGGAGUCACUAAUGCCAACAUUAGCCCCUUUAUUGCUGUCGUUAUUGAACAGUGGAAAUUCGUUGACAAAACUACCGAGUAUAAGAAUGCCGAGGCAUGGCUUUUUAGAUACCUUCGCGACUCUUGCAUUGCUGGCAGUGAUUUCGAAGCAAUUAAAACACUUGUUUCUAAGGAAGAUUUCGGGAAAACUUUUGAGAAAGAAAUUUUAUAUGCUGGUAAGCCAUACGAAACUGUCAAAAUUUCUUGGGAGAAGUACUUUUCAUCGAAAACUACUUUUGAUUCCCUUCUUGUUUCCAGAGAUUUGAAGGAGCUAUCCAACAAAAAGAUUUCCUCACGACUUGAUAUUUUUGCAGCCAAGUUCCGCAUAAAGCAUGACACAGACGAAGAAGUUCAAAAGGUUUUGCUUUCCAAGCUUACACAUGAUCUCAAUAAAGACAUGCGCAAGUUGCUUUUGGAUAAUGAAGUUUUUGUUGAUAUUUUAUCUCACUCAAGCUUAUGGAUCAAGUUCUUCAAGCAGCUCAAGCAAUGGAAGGCUGAACUUGAGGCUAAAGAGCUAGAGCCACUUGUCUCUUUCUUAAAGUCGGAACUUGUUUCGGCCAAAUUCACAGCUUCCCAAAAACUUACUCUUUUUCAGGCAUCUUCUUUCUUGCUCGAUUCUGAUUUUAUCAAGCAGCAGAUUGAAAUUACUUCAGACAAGUCGUUACUUGAAUUUCUGUAUAUUGAUUAUGUUCAUAAAGUUUCUGAAUCCCACUCUCUUGUUGAGAAAGAAAUUAUUUCAAUAAUGGAUUACGCCAUGUCUAUCCAUAGUGCUGGGAUCCUUUCGGCUCUGCACAUCUACAUUCAAACUGCUGGGCCUUCAUUUGCAGUUUCUCCCGCCCUUUUAGAACACAUCCACAAAUUCUGCAAAGAUUCUGUCUUUUCUUCUUCCCGUGUUUUGCAAGUGAUUAUUCGUUGUGUUCCAUCGACCGACUUAUCUCAUCUUCACUUAUUUACUGAUAGCAGCUUAGUUGAUGACCUAACUUUUUUGUCUGUCCUUACUGAAAUUACGACCGAAGAGGGUAUUAGAAGCAGCACUGACAAGGAAGAUCUAUUAAAAAUUUAUUCUCAUGGUCUCGAUGUUUCCCUUGCGACUCUGGAUUCACCCAAAAAUGACUCUGUUUUGCUUGAAUCAUCUAUCAAGUUUCUCAGCAAGGUCGUGGCAACCCCGGCUUUCCCAAUCAAUAGCGAAAAAAUUGAAAAGGUUGCUGCGUUUGUUGCUACAUAUACUGGACCAGAAACUGUCUCUGCAAACAUGAUUGAGCUUGUGUCUAAGAUUUCUUCUCGCAUCACUGGUGCAAAUAAAAUAAAUCUUGCUCAAGAACGACUUAUGAAGCCUUUGAGAAUCUGGGCCCAGCGAACAGUUACUUGGUUGGCAAAGAGACUUGCCGAAGAUGCUGUGAUUGGCCCGCGCACAAUUGGUGUUCUUGAAUCGUUUUACAAGGCCAUUAACGAUUAUUCUCUUAACAUUUGGCUUCUUGUUCCCACAGCUUCACUUAAUACCAUGCUUGAAAUUGCUACUACCCGUUAUCUUGAACGUAUUGAAGUUUUACAAUUUGUUGCUGCUGCUACACCAACUUCACGUAUCUUGGCCUCUGCAUAUUCGACACAGCCCAUGAAUACUGGGGCUUCUUCUUCAGACAAGAAAUAUCUUCCAAUUGAGUUCACCAAGCUUUUGCAAAUUGUCCUGAAUCACGACAGAGCACUUGCUGCAAUGGAGCUUGGUCGUGACCAUAUCCACGCAAAAGGUACUGGCAUUGCAAUUGCAUACAUUGUUUCCAUCCUUUUCAAUAUUGAUGUUACUAGACAUGCCACCCGUUCUAUCCAGGAACGCGUUCUUGCUUUAUGUAUGGGUACUCAGCGUCCUCAAGAUUUACUUUUGAUUGAAAUUCUUCGCAAAAUAGAAUCUCGUAUUUCCUCCAGUUUCUGCGACCUGGUUUACGCUUGGGAAAUCACAACUAGUUCUUCUCUCGCAAAUUUUCUUGCCACCGAAUCAGAAGAAUCUGAUGGUGAUAACGCACUCGGUGGAUCCAAAAAGAAGAGAAAGAUGGAAGAGCUUGAAGAUAUACUUGUUGGUGGCGAGACUGAAACUGAUGAUCUCGAGGGUGUUACUCCCCUUUUCACUGUUGGCCGAAGUGGCUUUGAAGUUACCUUUGAUGGUGGUUUGAUUCAAAAUUCAAUUCGAAAUUUUGAUACCAGUGUUAAAUUUGAUAGCAGACAUGACAAGAAAGAAUCAUACGGCCAAUUUCUUCUCAAAAUGAAACAUUACUCUCGUUUGCUGCGCUCUGAGAUGACUUAUUCUACUGAGUUUUUCUUACUGCUUGUUACAAGUUCUAACCUCUUGACCCAGCAUGAAUCGUCUCUUAUUGUGGAAAAUUUACGUGCUUUUGUUGAAUCCGGCGUUCUGGCUCUUGUAUUGUGCUCCCUUUCUCAUACCGAUGAACACAUCAACAAACUGGCCCUUUCCCUUUUGGUGGCCACUGCAAACGGUGCUUCUCCGGAAAUGGGUGGUGGUUUUAAUGGUAGCUACCAAGACCGCGAGCUCGUGACACUGAUUGCAAACAAAAUCUUUUCGUACAUCACGACUUCUGAAAAGAAAAAAUUGGCCGAUGAGCUUGCUUCAAGUGUAGUUGUUGGUGCUAAAAAGUCUACAGCUUCUACUUCCCUUGUCCCUGCAUACCUUUCAGUUCCAUUAGCACUUAUCCUUACUGGUAUCAUUCCAUCACCAGAACACUUACUUUAUGAUAAGGCUGUACAGGCCUUCAUUUUACAUGCACCAUCACUGUCUGCUGGCGAAGUACCUUUAUUUUAUGCCAUUGCGCGUGCAACAACUACCGGUGAACACUAUGGUGACUCGCUUCUGCGAGAACUCAUCUGGUACGUCGAUACAUUGACCUGCGCACUUGUUGAUCCCGAGACUCUGACUGUGUAUGUCCGCCGCGGUAUUUUUGAGUGGACAUUAAAUUUGGCUGCGACACUUCCUAUCCCACAAUCUGCUAUUGUUUCAGCCACUGGUGGCAUUGAUAGAAACACCGACAGUGAGGCUGUGCAUGCUGUUUAUUCGUCCAAGAUGUAUCUCCGUGCCUAUAAUACUCUUGUGCACCGUAAAAUUGUUGCUUUGGUGAAACGUGCACAGGAGAUUUCUGGUGGCAGCUCUGUUCUUGCAAUCAAGAAUGGCUUACUGGGCUGGAUUCAAAACGCCAUUGCAAUGAAUGGCCUCAUUUCAAAAGACUUUAAUGCUACUAGUGAAGAUACCAAGAAGUUUUCUGCGCUCACUCAAGGGUUAAACAGCAGUCAGAUUAAACAACAAAAGGAAAACAUGGAGGAAGCACACCGAUACGUUUUGUCACUAGAAAAGUUGGGUGUACGUGAAUGGGUAACAUUUCCAACACCAGGCGAGUUAGGUCGUUCAAGCUGGACGCUUUCUAAGGAGAUGCCAUUAAAAUAUAGUUUUUAA